AUGGCUGACGUAACAGCGAUGGACGGCGAUAAACUCAGCAAAAAUGAGCUGAAGAGGAGACUCAAAGCGGAAAAGAAGGCUGUGGAGAAAGAAGCUAAGGUCAAAGAACAGCUUCAACAAACCAAGGAAUCCAAUAACUGUGUGGCAUCAGACAUCACUGCUUUGGAUGAAGAGACGCUCGACCCGAAUCAAUACUACAAGAUUCGCACCCAGGCCAUUCAGGAGCUUAAGGGCACUGCUGAGGACCCGUAUCCACACAAGUUCCAUGUUGACUUGUCGCUCACGGAGUUCAUUGAGAAGUACAAUCAUCUACAGCCAGGGGACCAUCUGACAGAUGUUGUUCUCAAUUUGUCUGGCCGCAUCCAUGCCAAGAGGGCAUCUGGUGCCAAGCUGCUUUUUUAUGACAUGCGAGGCGAAGGUACCAAAUUGCAAGUUAUGGCAAACUCAAGGAACUACAAGUCUGAGGAAGACUUUGUGGUCAUCAACAACAAGCUCAGACGUGGCGACAUCAUCGGUGUCCGUGGAAACCCCGGGAAGACUAAAAAGGGGGAGCUGUCCAUUAUCCCCAUCGAAAUGACUCUGCUUUCACCUUGUCUCCACAUGCUGCCUCACCUCCACUUUGGGCUAAAAGACAAGGAAACACGAUUCCGUCAGCGCUACUUGGAUCUCAUCCUAAAUGACUAUGUGAGGCAGAAGUUUAUUACGCGAGCCAAAAUUAUAACAUACUUGCGCAGCUUCCUGGACCAACUUGGAUUUUUAGAGAUUGAGACCCCAAUGAUGAACAUCAUUCCUGGUGGAGCUGUGGCCCGUCCUUUUGUGACUCACCACAAUGAGCUGGAUAUGAACCUGUACAUGAGGAUUGCACCUGAGCUCUAUCACAAGAUGCUUGUUGUUGGUGGGAUAGAUCGAGUGUAUGAGGUCGGCCGCCAGUUCAGGAAUGAGGGAAUCGAUCUCACGCACAACCCAGAGUUCACCACCUGUGAGUUCUACAUGGCAUAUGCUGACUACCACGACUUGAUGGAGAUAACAGAGAAACUUCUAUCUGGGAUGGUGAAGCACAUCACUGGAGGGUACAAGGUGACCUACCACCCCGACGGUCCAGAAGGACAAGCUCAUGAGAUUGACUUCACACCUCCAUUCAGAAGAGUCAGCAUGACACACGACCUCGAGAAGCUGAUGGGAGUCAAAUUUCCUCCCACUGACAGUUACGACAGUGAUGAGACUCGUAAAUUUUUUGAUGAACUGUGCACCCAGAAGGGAGUUGAAUGUCCUCCUCCUAGAACCACCGCCCGCCUUUUGGACAAGCUUGUGGGAGAUUUCCUGGAGGUCACCUGCAUCAACCCCACAUUCAUCUGCGAUCAUCCUCAAAUCAUGAGCCCCUUAGCAAAAUGGCAUCGGUCAGAGAAAGGCCUCACGGAGCGCUUUGAGCUCUUUGUGAUGAAGAAAGAAAUCUGCAACGCUUACACGGAGUUGAAUGACCCCAUUCGACAGAGGGAGCUUUUUGAGCAGCAAGCCAAGGCCAAGGCCGAGGGUGACGACGAGGCGAUGUUCAUUGACGAGACCUUCUGUACUGCGCUGGAAUAUGGGCUCCCGCCAACAGCCGGUUGGGGAAUGGGUAUCGAUCGCCUCACCAUGUUUCUCACCGACUCCAAUAACAUCAAGGAGGUGUUGCUUUUCCCAGCCAUGAAGCCUGAUGACAACAAAACAAGCGUUCCUCCAGAGGGCACCUCAGUGUAA